AUGAGACAUAGUGAAACACCUCGAAAUACUAUCAUUAUUGCUCCAUUUGACCGUUCAAAUAAAACAAAAACUGCAACUCCAUCUGUUUCACCUGAUAAUACAUUAAGAGAACGAGUAAGUUGUGAUGUAAGAAGAGUUAAUCAAACAGCACUAAAUGUUAUUUCGAUUACGUUUCUAAAGUGUGAAUUACAAAUAGAUAUAUCGUCAAUAUUUUCUCCGGGAGUUGUUGGAAUGUAUUUUUUUAAUGUUCAAUAUGAUACACACACUAGUGCUAUUCAAAAAAGGUAUUCACAAUUUUAUUUCCUUGACAAUUAUCUCCAUAUGAAAUACCCUAAGAUUAAAUUACCAUCUUUACCUCCAAAAGAAAUUCUUCAUUCUGGUUCUCAUCCAGAUGUUAUUCAUAAAAGAUCAAAAGAAUUAUCUAAUUACUUAGAAAAUGUUGUUAAAUUACCUAAUAUUUUAAAUGAUAUGGUUGUUAUCGAAUGGUUUACACAACCUCCUGAUCAUCAUUUAAUUAGCUUUUCUAAACAAAAAAAAGCAGGAUAUGUAUUUAAAGAAAGUUCUGUCUUCAAACGAUGGAAGAAAAGGUAUUGUGUAUUAGCCUCUAAUGUCAUUGCAUUAUUUGAAAAUGCUAAAGACUUAUUAGUAUAUGAAGAUCCUAUUGAUGUGUAUUGUUUAAAAGGUUGUAAUGUUAAACCAGUAUUAGAUAAGGGGCCAAAUGUAAUGACAAUAUCUCGUAAUAAUUUAACUCUCUGUUGCCUAUAUGUUGAAAGUGAUGAUGACUUUCUUGGAUGGUUAAGUUCUAUCCAAGAUAGUACAUUAAUGAGGAGUAAGAUUUCUGAUCAACCCAUUAGAACAAAAUUAAAAAUAACUAACCAUUCAACAAAACCAAGAACUCGUCCAAUGUCUCCUUUAACAGUUGCUUCAGCAACAAUGAAACGAACAACUGAAACAAAAAGAUUUUCUAGAAUAUAUGAUAAUGAUGCAUCAAAUACUUAUAAAAACAUUAUUACUAUGAUCUAUGAACGAUUUAGAAAUGAAAUGAAUGAAAUCUUUCCAUAUUUCUUAGUUGACUGUAAAGAAAUCAAACCAGAACACUUUAGUUUCUUUGAGGAAUUACGGUCGUUACAACUAAAUGAUUUUCUUGAAGGAAAGAAAGUAGAGGAUAUGUUUCAAAAAUUAUUAGUGAUAAGUAAAGAAUAUACUACAUCAGCUAGUGUUCAAAGAAUUACUUGGGUGUAUAUUAAUAUUCAUAAAUUAUACAAACUUUAUUGUUUUGAAGGACACACUGCCAUUCAACAAUUACAAGAAAAACAAACAAUUCCAAGACUUAUUCCUACUUCAGCCAUUGACUCAUCUAAAUUACUUGUGUGUAGGUUAUGUGAACAUCAAUACAAACUUUCUCAAUUUUGUGAUCACACUAGGCUUUGUGAAGUUAUUACACGUGGAUAUCUCAAAGAAACGACUUGUUUACAAAGAAUAGAAAUGGUAAUGAAUUAUUUAAGAGAAUCUUAUCAAUGCCAAAUGGUUAAAGAUACUUUUAAAUAUACCCAGUUAACAGAAUUAGUUCCAAACUUUAAAACUCCAUUAAGUAUAGAUAAAUUACAAAAAAUUAUUGAAGCGAUAAGGACAUUAUGUGUUGAUGUUACUGAUAUUCCACUAUUAACGUUUGCUCGUGCUAUUGGAGAUUUACUAACAUCGUAUCAAAACUUACUUAAAGAAUAUGCUGAAAGCAAAGGGUCAAAGAAUUUAUGGAGUUUUAUUUCUGUUUUAUCAAGUAAAGGUAAUAAACAAGAAUUACUUCAACUAUCAACAGGAACAGCGGUUAGUGUAACUGAUUUUGAUAUUAUUAAGAAAUUCAGUGCAGGUGCAUAUAGCAGAAUUUAUCUUGUAAAAAAGAAAUCUACAGGAGAUGUUUAUGCUAUGAAAGUAAUGAAGAAAGAUGAUAUGAUUCGUAAAAAUGUAGUUGAUUCUGUAUUAGUUGAAAAGAAUUUCCUUUCAAAAGCACAUAAUAUUAGUGUUGUUAAAUUGUAUUAUGCUUUUCAAGAUGACAUUAAUUUAUAUCUUGUUAUGGAAUAUUGUCCAGGUGGAGAUCUUGCAACAUUAUUAGAACAUAUCGGAAGUUUUAAUGAGUAUGUUGCCCAUGUUUAUUCUGCAGAAAUAUUACUUUCUUUACAUUAUAUACAUGCACUAGGAUGUGUACAUAAAGAUAUUAAACCAGAUAAUAUAUUAAUUAAUCGUAAUGGACAUCUUGUAUUAACUGAUUUUGGCUUAUCUUCAUAUGGACUGGUUUCUCAAGAAACCGCUGGUAAGACUGGUAUUUUCUGUACUCCGGAUUAUGCAGCACCUGAAAUCUUAAUAUCUAACUCAUAUUCUUUUGCAAGCGAUUAUUUUGCUUUAGGUUGUAUGCUUUAUGAAUUUGUUGUAGGAUAUCCUCCUUUUAAUGCUUCAACCCCUGAAGCAAUCUUUAUGAAAAUUCAACAAGGAGUGUAUGAAUGGCCAGAAGAUGUUGAUGUGAGUGAUGAUUGUAAGGACUUAGUUUCAAAGUUGUUAUGUCCUGAACCAGAAAAGAGACCUGUUUUCAAACAAAUUGAAAACCAUCCGUUCUUUUCAGAUAUUCAUUGGGAUACAUUAUUCGAUGAGAGUAGAGAAGACAUAUUUGUUCCCCAAUUAGAUAGUGACAAUGAUACAGGAUAUUUUGAAGAUGAAAGAGGAAUGAAACAAAGCCAUAUGAAAAAAGAUGAUCUUAUAGGAAAACCAUUUAACAAAGAUAAAGAAAAAACUAAACGAAACAAAAAAAAUGAAGUUUCAAUUAAAAGAAAAGAAUCUCCUAUACCUGAUGGUGGAGAAUUUGGUAAUUUUGAUGUAAGAAAUAUUGACAAUUUGAUUGAAGAAAACAGAAAGUCAUAUGCAAAAGAAUUUGCUCGGUUUGAAAUGGAAGAUUUGUAA